AUGCAUAUUAUCGCCAAUAUGCAAGCAACAGACCAACCACCUGUUUACAACGAGUAUCCCACCGAGCUACCGGCCGGUUUCCCUAUAGGAGGGAAGAAUACUACGCCCCUGGUCAACGUUACAGAACUUCAGGCGCAUCUCCGUCUGCUUGGUGCGUUCUCCAAGCUCAAGUACGACGUCCAGCAGCAAGAAGAAGGGGUGGCAGCAACGAGCAAAGACACAGCGUGGGUUGUCUUUGUCAAUCGUGCCGUCGAGAGGUUCUUCAAGUGGGCGAGCGCAAGUUGGGAUCACCAUGUCCCAGGAUUCGAUGAGAGGCUCGUUCCACCACUGGAUGUGGUCAUGGUGUGGCACACUUAUCUACUCAAUCCUCGCACGUUCCUGGAGGAUAGCCGUCGAAUGUCGACGACGUACUGUUCUAAUCUGACCAAGAUUCACGAUAUGCCGCUCACACUCAUUUCCUCGCUCAUUGAUGGGCAGUCCUUGGAUCCCCUCCCGCCUUCUACAGAACGGCAAGACAUAUUCGAGCGGGUCACUGGACUCUCUUGGCCCUUACCACUUAUCACUGAGGGCUCUGAUUGUCUUUCUGUUCCUUGCCCCUUUUGCAGGACCGUAAAUCACCUUGUUCGGUGGAUCGCCGAUGGUGGACUUGGGUACGCUCAAGCAAGUUUCAAACAUCGCUGCGAGUCGUGCAAUAAACAGUUUACGAAACCAAACAUGGGCAUGCGUCGCUUUGUUGACGAGGUAUCGAUGAGAAGGUCUGGACAGCGCGUCUUUUUCCCCGAAACACUUCUCGACCCGCCAUCCGGAACUGUGAACGAAAAGGGAGCGGAUCAAUUUGUCGAGAAAGCGUUCAAGAUGCUGGACAUUCAGUGGAACGUUUUGCACCCACUCUUCGGAAAGGAUCCUGUAGCAGAAGCAGACGCACUUGGCACCGCCCUGAACUUUGACUACGAAGUUCUUUCUGACCAGAUGCAUCUUGGCGUUCGUCCAAUGCAUCGAGUCGAUAGAGCGCACCGCAUGCCUAGGAUUCAACGGCUCUCUGUCGCGUAUAGUUUCCCUGGACUGGCCUCUAUCGACCUCGUCGGCGCCGUCCUUCGCCAGGGCUCGUUCAUUGUAAAGAUGGACGAGCUUGGCUGGACUAGGCCCGGUAGGUUCGACCUGGCCUCAGAUUCUGCACCUCUUGUGCGAUCCAUCGCACGGUAUCACGCGUUCUUGGACUUGAUGUCCGUCCAGGUUGGAAUCAUUUGCGUGCCAACGCUCGAUAUUGAUUUGGCCUGGCACACGCAUCAACUCAAAGGCAACGCCUACCGCGGCGAUACGCUUCAGUAUGUAAAACGCUACCCAAACCACGACGAUAAUAUCGAUCCAAUGGCGCUGUCGACUGCGUAUGAUAUCACGGCAAAGGCAUGGAAGGCCCGCUACGGCGUGCCCUACUCCGUCUGCGGCUGCGUCCCAGAUCCCGAUUCUGAGUCGCGUAUCAGUCGAUUCGCAUCAAAGAUUUCAAGCGGACUCAAGAAACGGGAUGAAAGCCCCGCGUCUAAGACGCUUGUCAACAACCGUCCCGAUCUUGUCUCCACCGAAGAUGACGAGGCAGACUGCUCUCAUCCUUCAGAGCACAAUAUCAACUAUGGCGAUCCAACUCAUUCCGACGCGAAACUGAAAAAGGAACACCGAGAGGUGAAAACAGCAAAGUGUGUAGCUAGUGCCAAGAAAGGCGCUUCAAGAGAUCCGUGGAGAGGAUUACAAGCGGAAAGAAACGAGAAGCGCAAGAAGGAUGGCCACAAGGAAGCCUUUGCCGAUCCGUAUUAUGGCUACGGUGCGUACUACCCCUAUUGGGGUGUCUCCGCUGCGAUUCCCAUCGGAUUCUACGGAGGUUACGGCUAUGGCAUGGCAGGCGCGUGCGGAGCGGGUGGGGCAGGAGGCGGGUGCUCUGGCGGUUGUUCAGGUGGUUCAGGGUGUGGAGGAGGUGGUUGUGGUGGUGGCUGUGGCGGCGGAUGCGCGACUUCGGUCGCAUCUGUGGUUCGCAACUACCGUCGUGCUGCCGACGCCGACGCUGCCCUGGAUGAACGCGCGAUAGAUGCCUUGAAGAUGAUCAAUAUCACCCAGGAAGCCGACCAGGCACUCGAGGAUGUCAUUGAAAACAUGCAUGAAGAGCAUCAUUAG